GGCUCCCGGGCGUCUGCAACUCCCCCCUUCCCCCCGCCCGUAUUCCUUGAGCAUCUCAGUCCUGGCUGCCAGAGGGUUGGCCGCACCUCCCUGUUUCUCGAUCCACGCCCACCUCCUUAGCCAGGAACCCGGGUCUUUUUAAGAACGGUUUUUCAGACUCGCAUUUUUUUCCUUUUGAGGGAAAUCCUUCAGAAAGCAGUGUUUCUCUCUCCUAACCCCCUUUGCCUUGUUAGUGCUCGAAAGCUCAUUUCAAUUUCGGGGGGGGGCGGGGGGGUGGAAUAUGAAUGACUCACCAGCUUGUGAGAGCUCAUCAUUGUAGAAGAAAUGAAUGAGGCCUCCUUCCGCAACCUGACUCUCUAGCUUUGCCUGCCAGAUGUUUGAACUCCACCGAGUCAGGAAAUUUGACUCCUUUGUUCACUGUUCUGUAUCCAGUACCUGGCACUCUUCGGGGGCACUCAGUGACUAUUUGGUGAAGCAAAUCAUGGAGGAGGCUGUCACCAGGAAGUUUGUGCAUGAAGAUAGCAGCCACAUCAUUGCUCUGUGUGGUGCGGUGGAGGCUUGUCUCCUGCAUCAGAUAAGGCGCCGUGCCGCUGGCUUCCUGCGCAGUGACAAGAUGGCAGCCCUGUUUACCAAAGUGGGGAAGACAUGCCCUGUGGCUGGGGAGAUUUGCCACAAGGUGCAGGAGUUGCAGCAACAAGCAGAGGGCAGGAAACCCUCAGGAAGCAGCCAGGAGGCCAUUCGGAAACAGGGCUCAACCAGCGGGAAGGCCCCGGCCCUCAGCCCGCAGGCUUUGAAACACAUAUGGGUACGCACAGCACUCAUCGAGAAAGUUCUGGACAGGGUUGUACAGUACCUGGCCGAAAACUGCAGCAAGUACUAUGAGAAGGAAGCAUUACUGGCAGACCCUGUGUUUGGCCCGAUCCUGGCCUGUCUUCUAGUGGGACCCUGUGCCUUGGAAUACACAAAGCUUAAGACAGCUGAUCACUACUGGACUGACCCCUCUGCUGAUGAGCUAGUCCAGAGGCACCGUAUUCGGGGUCCCCCUAACCGCCAGGACUCCCCUGCAAAGCGCCCUGCUCUGGGGAUCCGGAAGCGCCACUCUAGUGGCAGUACAUCAGAGGACCGGCUAGCUGCCUGUGCCCGUGAGUACGUGGAGUCCCUGCACCAGAACUCAAGAACACGUCUGCUCUAUGGCAAGAACAACGUGCUGGUGCAGCCGAAAGAGGACAUGGAGGCUGUUCCUGGCUACCUCUCCCUACACCAGUCUGCAGAGAGCCUAACUCUGAAGUGGACCCCCAACCAACUCAUGAAUGGGACCCUUGGGGACUCUGAGCUAGAAAAGAGUGUUUACUGGGACUAUGCCCUUGUGGUGCCCUUCAGCCAGAUUGUCUGCAUCCACUGCCACCAGCAAAAGAGCGGUGGCACGCUUGUGCUGGUGAGCCAGGAUGGCAUCCAGAGGCCGCCACUGCACUUCCCACAGGGAGGACACCUGCUGUCCUUUCUGUCCUGUCUGGAGAAUGGGCUGCUGCCUCGUGGACAGCUUGAGCCCCCGCUGUGGACCCAGCAGGGGAAGGGCAAAGUGUUCCCUAAGCUACGGAAACGCAGCAGCAUACGGUCCAUUAAUGUGGAGGAAUUGGGUGUGGGACGGGCCACAGACUACGUGUUCCGGAUCAUCUACCCUGGGCACAGGCACGAGCACAUCACUAUUAACUACCACCACCUAGCUGCCAGCCGUGCGGCCUCGGUGGACGAUGAUGAGGAAGAGGAAGAUAAACUACACGCGAUGCUCUCAAUGAUCUGCUCGCGGAACCUCACAGCUCCCAAUCCGAUGAAAGAUGCUGGUGACAUGAUUGAGAUGCAAGGGUUUGGACCAAGCCUGGCAGCCUGGCAUGUGGAGGCCCUAUGCAGCCAGGGCUCCUCUUGCCUCUCCUGCUCCUCCAGCAGUUCCCCAUAUGCAACCCCUAGCCACUGCAGUUGCAUCCCUGAUCGGUUGCCCCUCAGGCUGCUGUGUGAGAGCAUGAAGAGGCAGAUUGUGUCCCGGGCCUUCUAUGGCUGGCUGGCCUACUGUCGCCAUCUGUCCACAGUGAGGACCCACCUGUCAGCACUGGUGCAUCACAACAUUAUCCCACCUGACAGGCCCCCUGGGGCCUCAGGCGGCCUCACCAAGGAUGUGUGGAGCAAGUAUCAGAAGGACAAAAAGAACUACAAGGAGCUAGAGCUGCUUCGGCAGGUUUACUAUGGAGGUGUGGAACAUGAGAUUCGCAAGGACGUCUGGCCCUUCCUGCUUGGCCACUACAAGUUUGGCAUGAGCAAGAAAGAGAUGGAGCAGGUGGAUGCAGCAGUGGCAGCAAGGUACCAGCAGGUGUUGGCAGAAUGGAAGGCCUGCGAGGUGGUGGUGAGGCACCGGGAACAGGAAGCUCACCCAGCCACACUCACUAAGUUCUCCUCGGGCAGCAGCAUCGACAGCCAUGUGCAGCACCUCAUGCACCGAGAUUCCACCAUCAGCAAUGAUGUGUUUAUCUCUGUGGAUGAUCUGGAGCUCCCGGGGCCUCAGGACCCUGAAGAUUGCACACCAAAGCCAGAGGAGGAAGUAGAAACUGGGACUCCUGGCACAGCCAUGGUGGAGGAGCAGCAGCAGUCAGUGGAGUUUGACUCUCCAGACUCAGGGUUGCCUUCUUCCCGAAAUUACUCUGUGGCCUCAGGCAUCCAGUCCAGCCUAGAUGAGGGACAAAGUGUGGGCUUUGAAGAGGACGGUGGUGGAGAAGACUCUGAUGGGACAGCCACUGCAGCCCAUACCUUCUCUGAACCCCAGGAUCCCAGCCAGGAAAAGAGUGUUCGGGCCAGUGAGCUGGAGGCAGGGGAGGAGCUGGCAGCUGUGUGUGCUGCAGCCUAUACUGUAGAAUUACUGGACACCGUGGCCUUAAAUCUCCACCGCAUAGACAAGGAUGUGCAAAGAUGUGACCGCAACUACUGGUACUUCACACCCCCCAACCUGGAGCGUCUCAGAGACAUCAUGUGCAGCUACGUGUGGGAACACCUGGACGUGGGAUAUGUACAGGGCAUGUGUGAUCUGCUGGCACCUCUUCUGGUCAUCCUCGACGAUGAUCAGCUAGCCUACAGCUGCUUCAGCCACCUCAUGAAGAGGAUGAGCCAGAACUUCCCCAACGGUGGUGCCAUGGACACCCACUUUGCCAACAUGCGUUCCCUCAUCCAGAUCCUGGACUCAGAGCUGUUUGAGCUAAUGCAUCAGAAUGGAGAUUACACCCACUUCUACUUCUGUUACCGCUGGUUCCUGCUGGAUUUUAAGAGAGAGCUGCUGUAUGAGGACGUGUUUGCAGUCUGGGAGGUGAUCUGGGCAGCCAGGCACAUCUCAUCAGAGCACUUUGUCCUAUUCAUUGCUCUGGCCCUGGUGGAGGCCUACCGAGAAAUUAUCCGUGACAACAACAUGGACUUCACCGACAUCAUCAAGUUCUUCAAUGAGCGGGCUGAGCGGCACGAUGCCCAGGAGAUCCUGCGGAUUGCCCGGGACCUCGUCCAUAAGGUUCAGAUGCUCAUAGAGAACAAGUGAGGGCUGUACCCAGGGGCAGCAUUGUGCAGAACCGGGUACCAGGUCCCUGAGCUCCAACACGAAGAGGCACAGGGCACUGCAGCCCAGACAGCCCAACCCCCACCAACCCUGUCUGCCCAGCUGGUUCCUAACAGUGAUUGUGAGCCUGGAUGCAACUGUGGGCAGUGUUAGCCCUGCAGGGCAAGUCAGGGCCAGGAUGCCUGCAGAUCAGGGCUGGGUGGGAGGGUUAGCCAAGGAGUGGCUACCUUGUGGGGGCACCUACUCUGUUCCCCUCUCAAACAACUGGGAAUAGCCCCACUGCCACCUGUAGCCUCAGCCUGGACUGUUUCCCAAUGCCUCUUUCCAAUCCACUUGGGGCUCUAUAAAGUUAGUUGGGGCUACAGUGCCUGGGCCCCAUCUAGCAAGAGUUGCAUGGGGCAAGGGGCUCUGUGCUUUAUCUUUCCUGAGGUCCUUUGUGGUCUCCGUUAUUUGCCUGUUCAGGCAUGUGUCCUGGGAGGAGACCUGGGCUACCUUCAAGGCCCUCCUUAGACGGGGGCAGCCAAAUAUGGGCCCUGGGUAGGAGCAGCCCACCUCAGCAUCACUGCCAUUGCCUCUGGCCACCAGAGUGACCACAAGCACGCCACUUCCCAUUGCAUAGUGCUCCCACUCAUGUCUGUAUAGUGUCACUCUCCCCACCCUACUCUUGCUUACUGUAUUAGCAGUCCUUUAGACUGUGCAUAGGUGACACUUGCUAGCUCGGUGGUCUGGAGAGCAGUGGGAAUGCUUGCUCUCCAGAGGAACCCCAGGGUGAUCAGGAAAGCAGUCCUGCCACAGCUUCCUCUCAAGCACAGGCCUCUGAGCUUCGGGGCAGCCAUCAUCUGCCAGGUAUCUGCUGAGUUCCUGGGGCUGAGGGAGGUAAAAGUGGCUGGGCCUUCCUAGUUCAUCCUCAGUGAGAAACAAGGCCAGCUCUACCUUCCACAUGCUUCUCGGGAUGCUGAGAAGCCUAGGGACCCAGAAAGCCCCUUGGAGAUGUUGCACUUGCAGGGGUGUCUGGAAAGACCCAGCCCUUCACAGGAGGCCUAGGCAUGCUGCUUUUUCUGUCAUACCCACUACCCAAGUACAUGCAAGCUAGGCCUUGUGUUUGGGGACCUGACGCCUAUACCUUGGCUGGCUCAUGCUCAGACGUCACCAAGGUCUACAGACUCCCUUCAUUUGAAAAACAUGACAAAGGGCCAGCAAACCUUCUGCAUCUAGCACAGACUUCCCCACCUUCCCCUGCCCCUGGGCACUGUGUGGGGCCAGCCCACCCCAUUGCCUGCCCUUGUCCAUGAUUCCUUGGCCUCCACCCAGCACGGGUGGCCAGUGUGUGCCUGCCUUAGUGACUCAGUGGUUUUGUGAGGAGCAGAGUGUUUUCUUUUUGGCUCAGAAAUUAUACUCUUAUUUAACAGACCAAUAAACAGCAUUUGACAAUG